GGUAUGAUAUAUGUGCCAGUACAGAGUUUGCUAGGAGUCUUCUCUAGCUUGUUGAGAUCUAGUAAUAUCUCAUGGCUAUGGAAAUUGCUGCAAUUAACUCUGCCUGUGCAUGCAUGAGGAGCUUGGUUGUGCGUGAUGAUAUCUGCUAUGUUUGUCUGACAGAAGAGAAACUGAUGGAUUUGGCCCGUGAGAAAAAAGUUGUCUUUGCUCUGAGCGAGGAUGUGAAGGUCAAACUCAAAGAGGAAGGAGAAAAGCUGGGUAAAAUCCCCACUCAACAAGUUAAAGAGUGGCUUGAGCAGGGCGAAUGUACAUGCAAUGAGGCAAAAGACUUGGAGAAUGAGUAUCGUGGGAAAUGGCUUGUUAGUGGGUAUUGUAGUAUAAAUUGUUGUUCAAGGUAUAAUAUCAGUAGAAGAGCAGAUCAAAUUUCCAAGAGAUUUAAAGAGUUGAAGGAAGAAAGAAAAAAAUUCGAAGUUUUGACGAUGAUUCCAGAAAAUAUUGCAAUGAAGAUACCUGUGCGACCAGAUUUAGUAGAGGCUAUAACUUCUCCGUAUGUGAAUCAAAUCAGUAACUAUUUAAAAGAUGUGGCAGUCAAUGUUAUUGGUAUAUGUGGAAUGAUUGGUAUAGGCAAGACCACACUCUUGAGGGUGAUCCACAACUCACUUCUGGAUGAUGGUAAUCAUGUCAUUAUGAUUGAAGAUUCACACAAUCUAGAUUUGGAAAAAUUCAGAAGAAGAUUGCUGAAGGAGUUCGAGAUAUGCGAAAUCAUUCUAAAAGAAACAUUUGCAGUUAUUUGCAAGGAUUCAGCCGGCAUCAAAGAUGUGGCUAAUCUCCGGUAUCUCAACAUUUCAGGACUAAAGGGUGGCGAGCAUUACCACAUGAGUUGGCACAACUCAAGGAAUUGA